AUGUUUUCACAUCUUUCCUUCAAUUGUGUCCUGCUGCUACUGCUGCUCCUUUCAAAGUCUUUGGACGGGGCAUACACAGUGGAGAUGGGUCAGAAUGCCUAUCUUCCCUGCAGCUACACUCCAUCCACCCUGGGGAAACUUGUGCCUGUGUGCUGGGGCAAGGGACCUUGUCCUGUGCUUUCAUGUCAGAAUUUGUUGCUCAGAACUGAUGAGAAGAACGUGAAUUUUCAAAAAUCCAGAAGAUACGAGCUCAAGGGGAAAUUACACAAAGGAAACGUGACCCUGACUAUAUUAAAUGUGACUUUAGCUGACAGUGGGACCUACUGCUGCCGGGUAGAAAUCCCAGGCUUAAUGAAUGAUGAAAAAUCAAAUGUGGAGUUGAUCAUCAAACCAGCCAAGGUCACCCCUGUUCCACCUGCACAAAGAAACUUUACUGUAGCCCACCCAAGGAUGCUGACCACUGAGGAACAUGGCUCAGCUGAGACACAGACACUGGGGACCCUCCAUGAUAAAAAUCAAACACAAAAGUCUACACUGGCUAGUGAGUUCCAAGACUCCAGAACAACUACCAGCACAGGUGUCUCCAUGAGAGUAGGACUCUCUGCUGGACUGGCUUUCACAUUCAUCUUCAGUGCUUUUAUUCUCAAAUGGUAUUUUCAUAGGAAGAAGAAGUUGCAGAACUUAAGCCUCAUCACCCUGGCCAACCCCUCUCCCUCCGGGUUAGCAAAUGCAGCAGCAGAGGGGAUGCGCUCAGAGGAAAACAUCUACACCAUCGAGGAGAACACCUAUGAAAUGGAGGAUCCCUACUACUGCUAUGUCAGCAGCGAGCAGCAAUGCUGA